UGCAGGGCAUAGCAUUGAUUCGUGUGGCUAGGAUAGUCUGCUAGUAGCUGUGUGCUGUGGUCGCUUAGCACCAGGGGGAGAUCUGUGCGUCAGACGGGGAAAAUAGACACAUUCACUGGUCAGUGUUUUCCAGCUCCACGCAGGGGAAGGAAUACCACGAUGGGAUGCUCUUCUGUUAUUGUCUGCUAACUAAGUUGCUGAGGAUCGAUGGUCAAAGCAGAUGAUUGUGAACUUGGGCUCGCCAUGACAAGUGAAGGUGUACAGACGAUUUUAUCUGGAGACACGAUGGUAAAGGCCGUCAACCGUAAACCAAGAACCUUCCAGACUCCUGGGGAAAAGAUCUACAGUCUGGAAGAACAUGAUACACGCCUACGGGAACGUCUACUACUGGUAAACCGCUUUGAAGACGCUCGGUUAGAGCGCCUCCAGCGGCAAAUCACGUCCAAUGAACGCGCUAAUAUCGGGCGGAUUUUACGGAGGAAAGACCAGACUAGACUGACGCUCAUUAACAUUGCCUGUACGAAGCGCAAACUCCAAACUAAUGUCGGAUCUUUCGAAAGGCGACUGAAGAAUGGGACCAACUCGCCGAUUUUCUCCGUAGAGCUAGACCGCGUUCGGAGACGUGAGCAAGAACUCUCUAGUUUACGUCUGAAACUGCAAGCUCCAAACUCACAGUUUCUAGCUGCGCAUGUGCGUGACGAAUUGAGAAACAUUGAGUCUAGACUGGAUGCGAAUCCAAGCCGUCUUACAAAUUCAACAAACCCAUCUUCUGUUGCAGGAAGUUAUACUCACGUUAAAUUGACGAAUGACAAAGACACUGAAACGAGUCUAAUCACGACGGGCAACAGUGAAAAGAUGACAACUGACAAUUUAAAGGAACUUGUUGACGAAGUGCACACUAAAAUGAGCCAAACGAAUAUUUCUACACCACCAGGAAAAAUAACCCCAGUUCCUGAAGUACAAGAAAUUAAUUUUCCUGUGACGCAGCCAGCUUUAGAACAGAACAAAAUGCCGGAUGAUCAACUCAAAAGUUCAUUUGCCCUUUCUGCCCCAAGUGUAGACAAGCCCUUAAAUUUAAAGCUUGAAGACAUACCAGAAAAGCCUGAAGAUAUUCCUGAAAAUAAAGUUGUGUCUGUUGAGCUUCCCAAACAAGAAUUACCACCAUUACGGGUAACGCGGAAUAAGAAACAGAAAUAUCUGUCCCUCAUGCAGCAGAAACUGGUUAGAACCUCUGUUAAUGAGCGUGAUCAGGAGAUCAGCCAUAGCGCUCUCAAGCGGGAGAGGCACGCUUUGCAGCGAAUGGCAGAACUUAAAGUUAAAACGCGGGAGGAUAUUCAAGGACGACGAACUGCUGAUUCUGACGAUUCAUUAGGAAGUAUCAAGCAGCAGGAGGCAGUCACCAGACUGAAAACAAGUCAAAAAAGUCAAUCACAGCUUCCGAGUGUUCGUAGGGAGGAGCACGAGAAGAGAACAAAACUUCGCGACUUCUCGAGAGCACAGACACUAAGGAAGAGACCGUCAGGUAAACGACGGGUUACCGACUCCUCUACUGCAGCUGUAGGUGUGAAGCUGCCACCGUUACGAAUUGAUAAUAGUAUCCUGAAGGAGUUAAAAGAAUCUCGGCUGAGGCACCGGCACCAGUCUAACAAACUGCCCAAAUUACCGUGAGCCCUGAUGGAUAAGUCACCAUAAAUAAAUUGUUUGUAACGAUCGUGAGCGACUGAAACUAAAGAGCUAAUUCGAAAUAUAUAAUCAUGAAUUUAACUCCCUGUUGACUUAAUAAUCAAAUUUGAUCCGUUUAAUACUUUUUGUAUGAGUAUUUUUGCUUUAGAAAAAGGUUUCACUAGCAUCGGUCUCUAACUAAACGACUUUUUUUUUUAAAUUCAUUUAAUUUAACUGUGUAUUUGUUUUAAUGUGUCAUAACUAUCGCCUUAUCAAUCCGUCCACAAUGUGACCCUAAACCCGCCACAGAAUAAAAGGAAAAUUAUCCCAAUUUCUAAGUCCAAUUGGAAAUGAAUAUUAAGUGAUGCACAAGAGGAGUUUUGGAUUGUUUGUUGUCAUCCCACGAUAUUCUUUGACCUCUUUAUUGCAAUGCUUUUAUUAGUGGGUUCAUGAAUCGCAUACUAUACGAAUAGUAGAUAUAUGUAUGCAUGUAUCAUUGUACACAGCUAUUAAUAAAACUUUAUUGUAUUUAUUCGA